AUGCCAAAAGCUACAAGAGCCAGCCGUUCAAAGAAAGUAGAUACUCCAUUGCGUCAACGAAAGUUUGCAGUGCCUCAAAAGCAGGUUCUUGAGAAAGUUGUUACCCAAAAUGAAGAGAUUUCGAUUGUGCCAGCAAACGAGUACGAAACAGCCAAAAAAGAUUACAAAAAGAAAGCAAGACAUGAAGCGUGGCUUGAGAAACUCGAUCGCUCUUACGCUGUCAAAAAGAAGAUGCAGAAGAAAGAGAACAGAAAGAAGAAUGGACUUAAGGUCGAUUUGAGUGGAUUUGAAGAUGUAUUGAGCAGCAUUGAAAUCAAACCCAAGUCAGAACUCGAGAGUCAAGCAACACAUUCAAAGAAGAUCGCAGAGCCUAUUAAAGAAGCAGCAAUACCCUCCAACAAGAUUAAAUCCAAGAAAGCCAAGAAGCAAGCCGAAAUGCAAGAGAUUUUACGAAUGCAAAAAGUCAUGCAACAUGGUGCCUUUAAAGAGAAUCCUUUGGCUACUAUUCGCCAGCAUGUACAAAAUACCUUUCUUUAA